CUUUGGAUGACGCGUCUUCUGAUAUAUAAGGUCUUGGGAACAGGGCUUCUGUAUACUCAGAAUUCUUACUCUUCUGAUCACCUGCCAAUACCAGUAUCUCCGAGAAUGAGUGCUUGCAAGGACUGCUUCAAGGGGGUGCGACAUGAAGGAACUCCUGAAGGAAAGUGGGAGAAGAUAGCUGGUGUAGACUGCUACAUCAGCACUCCGUCAGGGGCCUACGCCAAGGAGAAGGUUCUUCUGCUCCUCGCGGACGCUUUUGGGCCCGUGUUGCCCAACAACCAGCUCCUCGCAGAUGACUUCGCCCGCAACGGCUUCAAGGUCGUCGCUCCGGACUACUUCGCAGGCGAAGCCGUGCCGGACGAGAUAAUGAACGACCCGGAACGUGUAGCUAAGUUCGACAUCCCUGCUUGGUGCGCAAAGAAUGGGAACGGCGCUCGACGACCGCUCAUCCACGCCGUCAUCGACGCGCUUAAGGCUGAAGGCGUCACGGACUUCGGCGCCACGGGCUAUUGCUUUGGUGGCUGGUACACUUUUGACCUCGCCAGCGACCGUUUGAUCAAGGCCGCUUCUGUUUCUCAUCCGUCGUUCCUGAAGAGCCCCGAGGAUCUGGAGAAAUAUGCCAACAACGCCAUCGCGCCGCUCCUCAUCAACAGCUGCGAGGUCGACGAUCAGUUCCCACUAGCAGCCCAGGCGCAAGCAGACGCUAUUCUCGGCAAUGGGAAGUUUGCUCCGGGAUACAAGCGCACGUACUGGGAGGGUUGCGUGCAUGGGUUCGCCGUGCGCGGCGAUAUGAGCGACCCGAAGGUGAAAGCGGGAAAAGAAGGCGCGUUCGAAGCAACAGUGCAGUGGAUGAAGGAGCACCUCUGAAUGUGCUUUGACUCAAUGAUUACUGGCAUGGAAAUACAAGUUCAAUUACACGCUGCGCGAUUGUUCAUGCCAACAUCUGUUUGUCGCACCAGUACUUCACCCAAGCAUCGGCGUCCUUCUGAUCCAGAGGUUGUAAGUCGCGCAAUGUCUUGCUGACCGCUGCCAUCUUGUCCG